AGCCCUAGGAAAAAGUUAAGGUGAGCUUCUGUUUGGUUGGAGAGAAAAAAGAGAGAAAAGAGAAAGGAAAAGGGGAAAACAAUCAUGAGAAAGUUCGAUCCGUGGCCAAUCUUCUUCAGGCGCGAGUGGAAUCGUAACUGGCCUUUCUUGGUCGGAUUCGCUAUCACUGGAGCUGUCAUCACCAAAUUUUCUCUCGGUCUCACUGAGGAGGAUGCAAAGAAUUCUCCCUUCGUGCAGAGGCACAAGAAGCAUUAAAUGCAAAUGAAGGGAGCUUAAUGGGGGUCAAUGCUAUCGGUACAGAGAUGGUUGCUUUAUUAAUUUUUUUUUUUUUCUUCCCCCCUCAAACCUAGUUGCUUAAUGUAUGCAGCCAUUAUUGCUGGAAUUCAAUAUGGUUCUUAACAUUGUUAUGGUUAUGGUUUAAUUUGUUGAGUAUAUGACGUUGCUCUUGGCAGUCUUUUGUCUUUUUGUGGAGCAUUCUGAUAUGCCUAACCUUUUGAUGGCUGAACAAUGGGAUCUACUUUAAUAAUAAAUUUUCAGGGAAUAUGGAGUUCUUUUUCUUAUUAUUA